UUUGUUCGAUCAAUAAAUUUUCUAUUUAUUCAGUUUUCGAUUAUUUUUUCUGGUUUUCACUUCAAACUUCAAAGAUGAAAUCACUAAAUUACAUUGAAAUGCUUUCAAAUGGAGAUAUCAAAGCGCCGUGUCACCUGUUUUCGAUGGGCGCUGAUAUCUACGCUACGACGGUUCUCUUCCGCAGAGUCUCAAUUCGAAUGGGAUUGCUCACCGGCACAGUGAUGUGCUUGGUUUUUUAUAUUUAUCUCCGCCGUCUUCUGUCCUACGAGAGGCUCAUCCACAGCGCCGAACUGUUUCGCCAUAAUUGGUGUGUGGAGACGGAGGAAAAAGAGAAGCGUCUCAAAAUUGAUGUGAAAAAUCGGCUUUUCGAUACCUCAAUCGAUGGAAAUAUUGACGAAAAAGGGGCAGCUCUUCCCAAAUCUCAUAACACGACAAAUUCCGAUGGAGAUCCGGGCAGUGAACAAGAAUAUCUUGGUCUGUUGCCACGUGACAAGUUGGCCGCGUUCCACAACCCCAUUCGUAUGAGAAUUUGGCUUUAUGUUUUGCUCAUCUGCACUUCUCUCAUCGUCUGGUUGAUUUUGCUAGUGGAGAUGACGUCCUAUGCGACAGGAUUCAACACACGAUUCAUGUUCAGUCAUGAUAGUUUUGCAUUCUCGUGGAUGUAUGAGGUGUUGGGUGCACAUCGGACUCUGAUGGAUGUUGAAGACGAACGUCACAAAUGCAUUGGAAAGAUGAGUGAACUGAAAUCGGGGUUGUCGAGCGGUGUAAUGACAAUUAUCAAGAUUUUCGUGUACGAAAGAUCUCUGUCACCAAAUAUUGUGUCCACUUGCAUUCCUAUUCUUUCAAUGGCGAUUCUUUUUGAUUUGGGUGUUCAGGGACUGUUUUUCUGCCGGCUUAACCAUCGUGGAGAGACUCAAAAUGGAAAGCGAUAUGUCUACUUCUAUAGUGUUGGUAAGACGUUUUUCAUCACAUUUUUCGUGUUCUCCAUGUUUCUCCUGUUUGCAUCGCUUACCGAACAAUACGUUUACAAUGCGGAUAGACAUCGGGAUUAGGAUAAUAUUGAUUAACUCGAUUUUUGUGUUUUUUCUACUUGUUCGUUUGUUUUUAAAUAAUAAAUUAUGAAAGUUU